UCUUCUAUGGCCUCUGAGUUUCUCAGACGGUACGUGUUCUCUGAAAGGUUCCCACCGAGGGCUCUCCAGCUUCUAUGGGAUGGGGAAGUCCAUGGCAAGGGCAAUGCCCAAGAUAUGAAGAUAAACUGUGAUCCUAGGGGCUGUGCUACAGGACAGCCUUAGGGAAAUGUCCGCUAACUGUGUGUGUGGCUCCGAGCCAAUCGGUUCCCUUCACGUGCCUGUUUUCUUAACUGUAAAUUGAGGAGGGUGGGGGACUAGAUGACCUCUCGUCUAUCUGCAAUGGCUUUAUGAGGCUGCGUGUGGUAUAUGUCUGAAGAAGACAGCGGAGAGAAGAAAGCAUAGCGUACCCCUUCCCGGAAAUCAGAAAAUCAGAACUGGAAGGGAUCUGAAAGACUGAGGAAACCAAAGAGGUCGCAGAACGCAUCAGGGUUGGGGCUGUAACUGGAACCCAGGUCUCCUGACUCCACAAUUCAGAGCUCGUCACUACACAAUUCGUCUGGGUCUUCUUUUUCUCCUUCUUGAAGUCUUCUACCUUUGAUCGAAGAUCUGCGUCACCAAUUUAGGAGCUCCUGAGAUCGGUAAUGACAGAGGGAUGUCCGAGGUCACUGCUGGAGGGGCUUUGUACGAGUCCGGUGGGAGAGGUUAAUUAGCCUAACUCCAUACUCUGCCUUCCUCUCGUCUGGUCACUAUCAGUUCUCUCCCUUUUCCCUGAGGGAACUUGGACUAGUCACUUCCCUUUCCUCCUUCCCUCCCUUUCUCUAUUCCUCCUACCCUCACCCCACAUCUCCACUCCCGGCCCCCAGCUUCACAUGUCUUAUCUGUCAAAUGAGAGUAGGUUGUCUCCAAGGUCCUCUUCCAAUUCUGAAUCUUACGAGUUCUUGAAGCAGCCAAGAGGUGGGAACCUACAAACAAGGCGGGAGUGACUAGACGCUUCACCUGCCGGGAUCAUGGGACCUUAGGCCGAAGCUCAACUCACUAGGGUCAGUAUGGACCUUGCCGGAGGGUCUCCCACAGCGGGUGGAAGAGAAGGUGGCGCAAGGGCAAGCCCCAGCUCCCGGGCGAGUUCCAAAGGGGGCGGGGCGAGGAGCGCUGGACGUUCGAAGGGGGCGGAGUCCGGCUGUCUGUGUUUGUUGCGCCGUGUCAGUUACAUUGUAACAAAAGUGCCGCCGCCACUACAGCCACAGAUCCGCACCCCAGGCCCUAGGUUCGGCUCCCCGCCCGCCUGCACGCUGCUGUGGUCGCGAUGGAGCAGGGUGCCAGUAGCAUCCAGGUUUUACUGCAAGCAGCUGAGUACCUGGAUCGGAGGGAACGAGAGGCAGAGCACGGCUAUGCUUCCUUGUGCCCUACUCACAACUUGGGCCCAGUAAACCGCGGAAGGAGGAGACCCAAGGCCCCUAGGGACAGUUUAAGAUCCGUGCACAGCGAACUGGAGAAACACAGGAGGGCCCAGCUGAGGCGCUGUUUGGAGCAGCUGAAACAACAGAUACCCCUGGGCACAGACUGUGCCCGAUACACCACCCUGAGCCUGCUGCGCCGGGCUCGUCUGCACAUCCAGAAGCUGGAAGAACAGGAGCAGCGGGCACGACGGCUCAAGGACAGACUUCGAAGUGAACAGCGGAGCUUGCGCCAGCGGCUAGAACAGCUCCGAGGGCCAGUGGGGGAGCGGGAGCGACUUCGAGUGGAUAGCCUGGACUCCUCAGGCCUCUCUUCAGAGCGCUCUGAUACUGACCAAGAAGAGCUGGAGGUGGAUGUGGAAAGCCUGGUGUUUGGGGGUGGUGCUGAGCUGCUUCGAGGCUUCAGCACAGGCCAGGAGCACAGCUACUCUCAUAGUGGCAGUGCUUGGCUAUGACCCCUACCACCCACAGCAGGUGCACAGCUCUCCCACUCUCCUGGCUGUACCAACCUGCCCAGCCUGCCAGAGAAGCUGCCACAGACCUGGGGAUGGUCGACUAAAGUGGGUUCCAGCUUGCAUCCCUCAUGAUACUGGGCAUUCCUGCAAAGCAGAAAAUGAUCGGACUGCAGAUGUUGCUGCUGGCUCCUGGAGCCAUUUUAACUAGCCUCAGUUCCACCCCUGCUCUCUUACGUGGGCACGGACUGAAGCUUACUCCGUUUUGUGGGGGGAAACAGGAGUGAGCCAUGGCAUUAAUAUGGAACUAAACAAGUAAUACAACCUAUUCCCUGUCAGAGGUUAGGGGAGGCAACCAGAGGCCUCUGACAUGGGGCUGACAUGGAGGCAGUCUGUUGCUCCCUGCCUAGACCUGUUUUCUUUUUGUACAUUUUUUUUACAGCAUUGAUUUUCGUUCCUUUCAGGGCUGGGAUGCAAAUCUUGUGCUAAGCUGGUUUGUGCCCAGCACCCAAGGGACCAGUAGCAAAUGUGGGGUGGAGCUUUACUGUAGCUCUAGCUCCACAGACACCAUACAGUAUUUUCAGUAAAAAAACUUUUUCUUAA